AAUUUGAUGAAAGGAUGAAAUCUUGGAGGAGAUGAAGAAAUGGCAAAGAUUCCAAGCAAAAGGCAACCAACAAUUGGAUCAAAACAUCAUCAUAUUACUACCGAUUUUGGUCAUAGUCUCUGGUUUGUCUCAAAAUCAGAGCAGAUUCCGGGGUUCAAAAACCCAACUCCGUCCUCCAUUACCCAAAUUUAAAAAAAAAAAAAACUUUCUCUCUCUCCUACGCAGCCAUCACGUGUCCAUCUCAGGUACUACAUCGUGUUUUUCGCUUGGCCUCUGCAACCACCACCCCACCAGCGAGACACUGGCUCAGAAAAUAAUACACCCACACCGCAGAGAUAUUGCAGAGCAACAGAGAAGGAGCGGAGACUUCUGGGCUCUCAAAAACUCACUCAAAUUCGAUCAAGACUCUUUCUUUUUAAAAUUUUUUUUAUCAAGCAAAAAAUUUUGCAAAAUGGGUUCGUACUCAGAGUUGCAGGCUUUUCCACCAGCCGUCUUUACCAUUAUUACCACUAUCAUUAUUACCAUGCACAAAGGUUGUGUCUCCAGAAAUAUCAGAUCUCUCCCUCUCCACGCACAGUCUGUGAUAAUAAUGACUCUCUUUUUAUCCUUAUUAUCUCUCUUUUUACUCUCUCUUAAUUCUCCCGUUAAUCUUCUCUGCCUGCAACCAUAAUCGCCUUCUGCUAUAAAUGACACAUUUACAUCCAUGUACUGCUCUGCUCUAGUUUCAGCUCCUGCCGCUGCUCUCUCUUUUUUUCCUCCUUUCCUUUCUUUUCUUUUCUUUUCUUUUUCUCUUCUGCGUUGCAGAUGAUUUAAUUACUGCCUCUGCCACACUCUAAGCUUUCGUUUGCUAUAGCAUUUGCAACCUAACGUUACUUCUUUGUCCCUUACUAUUUGCUACUUGGGGUUGCUUUGUUACUUCUUCUUCUUCUUGUACUACUUGCCUGCUCUCAUUUUCGCUUCUUCUUUUGAGUUUUCUUCGAGAAAAAUAAAAUGGCAGAAAGUUAUAGAGUAGUGACAGCAUCCAAGUCGGGUUGCUCUUCCUCAGUGCCGUCGUUGCCUCCUCCUCGCCCAAAGUCUCCGCCCAAGUAUCCCGAUUUGUAUGGCAAGCGCAGGGAAAUGGCUAAGGUGCAGAUGCUUGAGAGAGAAAUCGGUUUUCUAGAGGAGGAACUAAAAUCUGUUGACAGCCUCCAGCCUGCAUCCAGAUGCUGCAAAGAGGUCACUGAAUUUGUGGUUGCAAACCCAGAUCCUUUAAUACUUACAAGUAGAAAGAAUCGAAGGUCUUGUCGAUUUUGGAAGUGGCUAUGUGGAAUACCCUGCUUUAACUUCUCAUGGAUUUGUUGUUGCUGCUACUCGGGAUGCUCUUUUCACAUACACUUACCGCGCUGCUGCGACUGCAACUGUGACUGUAAUCCGUGUGACCUAUGUAACUGCUGUUCAUGUUUUCGCUGUCCAGCACCCAAGUGGCGGUGUUGCUCUUUCCGGAGCUGUUGCCCUUGCACUUGCUCAAGCUGUUGCCCUUGCUCUUGCUCGGACUGUUGCCCAUGCUCUUGCUCUUGUCCUUGCCCUUGCCCUUGCCCUUGCCCUUGCUCUUGCUCUUGCCCUUGCCCUUGCCCUUGCCCUUGCUCUUGCUCCUGUCCUAAAUCCAGUUGCUGUAAAAACAUCUCAUGCUGCAGUGACUGCUGCAGAUGCGGACUUCCCUCGUGCCCAGAUUGCUCUUGCUGUUCAUGCCCAAAAUGCAGCAAUUGCAGUUGCUGCACCUCGUUAUGUUGUUGUCCUAAAUGGACAUGCUCUGCUCCUAAAUGUCCGAAACGCCCCAAGUGUCCUAAGGUACGUCUUUGUUGCAAUUGUACAAAAACAUCUUGUAAUCCAUGUUGUCUAUUCUUUUAGCAUAAUUAAGUUAUGCAGUAUUGGAGAAAGCCUUAUCUCCAAUAAUACCAUUCAAUUUCUACAGAGAGUUUAGGAACUUGUAAUUUAUUUUGCUUGCUUGUUUGUUUUCAGCUUCAAAUAUCCUAAGAUUUUGCUAAUAAACACUCAAAAAGCCUUGCUCAGUGAUUAAUCUGAGAUGAUUUAUUUCA